AUGGCGGACAGACUAAUCAUAAGACGAGCUACAUUAGAAGAUUAUCAGGGCGUUAUGGAUAUUGGAGAGAUUUAUCAAGGACGAGAUUAUCUUCCUGCAAAGUAUGAAAAAUAUUUUAAAAAGUUCAACUGCUAUGUUGGUGAAAUAGAUGGUGAAAUUGUGACUUUUCAUGCAGAUAGACUGGUAGACGGCGGCGCAACCAUAGCAACCGCGGCUGCACGUGUUAAAGAGCGUUACCAAGGUCAAGGUAUUUUAGGAGCCAUGUUGAAAAAUGUCUACGAUUCAUACAAACAUGUGACGUCGGUAAAAUAUGAAAUGAUGACAACCAAUAAUGUUAACAUUGGACUGAAUGGUGAAAGAAUUAAACGAAAAUUUACACAGAUUUUAGAAAGGGUAUUGGUGGAGAUUAUUGGAGAAGUAAGAGAUUUUAAACCAAAUAACAUGGAAUCUGAUGAAACCAAAGUUCAAGAACUGACAGCAGGAGAUUUAAAGGAAAUAUUCCAAUCUAAAGAUACGUGUUCCAGAUUAUUUCCUGGAGACAGAAUACUACCCAGUUGGUAUCCAUAUCGUCUGUUACCUGAGAAUAUUCCUCUAAUGAUGGACGGGUUUAAAUUCUGGGGCACUAAAAGUUCUGAUCAAUCAACAUACACGGCAUUGUCUGUUACAGAACAUUUUAACUUAGGAGAAAGGUUGAUGUCCAAAAUGUGUAUGUAUGGCAGUGACGCAAUUGAUAUAAAACAGCACGUUGUGAAACAUAUACAUAAUCUGAAUAUCUUGGUUAAAAGCGGAACAUAUACGUCUAUUAUGAUUCACAUAACUCAUUCACUAGAUUGUCAAGAUACCGCGACAUUUUUAUCGGUUUUUGAAAAGUGUGGUCUUAAAAUUAACAAUGAUUGGCCUAUAAAUAGGAUGAUUCUUUUUGGACGGAACAUAAAAGGCUGUUAAUAUGGAUGGUACCGCGGUUUUUUUAAAAGUGUGGUCUUAAAAUUAACGAUGAUUGGUCUGUAAAUAGGAUGAUUCUAUUUGGACUGAACAUAAAAGGUUGUUAAUAUGGGCGGUACCGCAGUUAAUAACGCGAAGUGUGAAAAUAUUUAACAGGAAAGUUACGUUGUUAAGCCAAAUCAUGGUCUAGGCCAUUUACGAGAUAUGAUGUGUUUAGUCAGUGUUCUGAAGCGGUCUCUGAUUCACGAAUAUAUAUUGUGUAUUUAUUGAUAUAUUGACUGAAACACGGCGGCAAACGUAGCACACCAUGACAGAAUGGAUAGAUCAAGGGUGAGUAACUCGGACCACCUAAUCAGGAGCAAUAUACUACAUUUUGACCUAAAAUAACAAAUUGACUCUUUAACAUUAGGGUCGACCACAUUAUACUUAUCACUACAUUAUAUUUACCUAUUAGUCGUUCACAGCAGUCGAGUAUUGUGUGAGCUAUGCAAAUGGAAUAAAGUAUAUGCGUUGCAUAAGUUGUUAAUAAUUAUUUUUCCGAUUUAAAUUGGGUAAGUCCUGAAAUAUGGGCGCUGCACUAAAACAUCAUAUCGAGUACCUAAUAGAAAGACUGGCCAGCAUUUUAUUGGCAGAACUGAUUAAGAACUAGAUCAGAUUUCACUUCACUUCUGUAACGGUCCCGUCAGGAGUUGUAUGGCAGAAUUAGUGAACUAUGGCCCUGCAA